AUGCAGAGCGUGCAGUUGUGUGCAGAACCGGCUAUCGAGGGCGGCAGUGAACCUCUCGUGGAUGCCCACUUCGCCGCUCACCCGUCCGGCCUGAAGGCCACUGAUCUCGUCCGCUACUCUCGGCGGUUCGUUGUGCCGUUUUCUUUGGCACUUGGCGACGAGGAUUUCAUAUUCUCAAAGGAUGUUGCUGCCAACCUCGAGGUUGGUCUCCGGGAGAUCUACUCAGAAGAGCCGUCUCAUUUCGAAGCUAGGAUGUAUACUGGAUGCGGACAUGGAUUUGCAGUCCGCGCAGACCGGGAAAAGACGAACGAGGAUAAGGCGGCCAACGAAGCUGCCAGUCAAGCAGCUGAGUGGUUUCAGAAGUUUCUGGCAUAA